AUGGCGUCACGAGAGAUCCCUGAAGAGGUGUUGAUCGAUAUCCUAAUCAGAUUGCCGGUGAAAUCUCUGAUGAGAUUUAAGUGCGUCUCAAGGAUCUGGCUUUCCCUUAUCACCUCUCGAUACUUCACCAACCUUUACCUUAAAUCCUCAUCACACCGACGCGUGUUCUUGUAUGCGAAAACGCAGAGCGAGUAUGCGUUGCUCACAUCAUCGACUCAUGAUCACUCGGACACAACCUCUGUCUCUGUGUUUGACCAAGAUUGGACCAUACCGGGAAUGGGAGAGCACUUUUUGAACGCUGAUCGUGGCUUGGUGUGUUUCCAAGCUGGGACGAGAGUGCGAAUUGGUAACCUUAACACAAGGCAGCUGGUGGAAUUGCCAAUUGUUAUAAAUUCUGAAGGAAAAUGUAAGAGUAACGAUAAUGUAUGGUACUAUUUAGGACACGAUCCUGUUCAUGACGAAUACAAAGUUCUUAGCAUAGUUUGGGAGCUCGACAACAAACAUAGAGUAGUGAGAUCAGAACAUCGAGUAUUGGUACUUGGAGCUGGAGCAUCAUGGAAAAAGACUAAAUGCCACAUUACUCAUAGACUAAAUGCUUAUGAGUUUUGA